CGCGGCAGCUCGCUGUUGUGAAACCAAAACAGAGCGUGACGGUGACGAUGAGGACGAUGAUGUCCUUGAUGUGUUGUGAAACUGUUCAUCAGGAAGCCUUUGCGAGUUAAACAAGUCUCCAAUGCUCGAGCUGCAGCCCUGACUCAGAGCUGGUUUCCAGAGUGCAAGGAUGAAGAUAGCGGUGCUGGGAGCCACAGGGCAGACUGGACAGUAUCUGGUCCACCAGGCGCUGCAGCAGGGGCACAAUGUCACCGCCAUCGUCAGGAAUCCUGGGAAACUCAUGGUCGUGCACGACAAACUCAAGGUGGUGGAAGCAGAUAUUUUCUCAGAAGACAGUUUAAAGCCUCAUUUCAAAGGGCAGGAUGUGAUCAUGUCCUGCCUCGGCUUCCCAACCUCCCUGGUGUCCGGGGUGACGGGCUACACCAAGUCGAUGAACGCCAUGGUCAGCGCCAUGCGGGGGGUCAGAGUCAACAGGCUCAUCACCAUGACCUCCUGGUACACGGAGCCUAACUCCGGAGCCCAGUCAUCUUACCUCAUCCGGUUCCUCCUGCUGCCGAUGAUCCGAAGCGUCCUCACCAACAUGUAUGAGAUGGAGCACUUUCUGAUGAAGACCAAGGACAUCAACUGGACGGUGGUUCGCCCUCCUGGGCUCAAAAACCUGCCUGCCACAGCUCAAGAGUUCCUGACACACGAAGGCUACUUUGUUCCCGGCUCUAACGGCCAUCCUGUUGGCAGCACGGUGGCGAGGGGAGACGUGGCGCGCUUCAUGCUCUCUCUGCUCAACAGCAACGCCUGGGUCAAGAAGGGAGUUGCCAUCACCACUAAAUGAGAAAUUAGAAGCCAGUGUCGACAUUUUUAACAGCUGUUUUCGCUGCCUACAAUGUCCUGUGGGUUUAAUUUUAUCAUCGCCUUAAUUUGACUCAUCUGCCUUAUCGAUAUCUUUUAUUUAGUCUUAUGUAACAUCUCAGUACUGUUUUAUUUUCUUUUGCUGAAUGUCAAUACAGUUUAUUUAAUUUGGUGUUUCUAAUUUUAUUGCCAUUUUAUUUCUCAGGCUACUGUUUUUUACGGUCAUGUCACUGGUUUAACACUCACUUUAGCACCAUUCAGUUUUAUUGCGCAAAAUGAAAAGUGCAGUAAUCCACGAUGCUUUCAUGCACUGUUUUAACACAGAAUAACCAGGAUAUUGAAAUGAAGGCUUUAAAGCCCAAUAAAAUAAAAAAAGCCUUGCAAUAGAAGCUGAAUGCAGGCCUCCAAAACUGUUUUUUGUUGUUGUUGUUUUUAAUUAAUCUAGACAGAAAUUACACAUUAGUAGGCCUAAUAAUGACUUAAAUAGAAGUUUAAGUUAUUGACACGCAUAAAGAGAAGACAUUUUGAUACAA